AUGUCCUCCCAUCGAACCUCCUCCCCAGACCGCGUGCAAAUUCCCUCCCCCUCCCCCUCCCUCUCCGAAUCCGAAGCCCAAGAAGAUAAAAACAUCUCCAACGUCGACCGCGACGUCAUGGGCGUGACCACCCAGGGCCGACCGCCGCGCGUUUCGCGGAGAAGACGCUCUGAGCAUGCGCCGACUUGGCAGCGCGCACAGGCGCAUCGGCAUCAUGGGACGACGGGGUCGAAGUAUCGGUCUACGUCGAGGCAUUAA